AAUUUCUUGAAAAUUAUUGUGCAAGCAAACACAAGAUUGAUCGGCAUUACGUUGCGUCUCAGUAUAAACGUACAGAUUUCCAAGCGCGGGAUGAAUGCUUCUGGGAAGACCAAUGGGCGUGGUGCCUCCACAGCCCCCAACUACAAUCGACGCAGCACGGCCGCGACGCGAGGCAACGAGACAACCUCCUCCAGGGCCAUUUUGACGGCGCCGCUAUCGGGUCACUCGGCGGGAGCACGCAAGGCGUCUCACUGCGGAGCGGGCGAUGGAGGCUCCGUUGACGGAGGUUCUUGGAAGAUGCAAGGACAUCGUCUGGGAGGUGGUUCCACAUCAGCGACAGGCCCCACAGCACGCCUGGCGCGGCCCACCAUUGCAUCGGCCCUGAGGGCAUCCAGCAAUCGACAGUCGGUCAAGCAGCAGCGCGAGCGAGCCACUGUUGCUCUGACGGCCACUCUGAAUAGGUCGGCAAAGGGGGCCGCCAAGAGCAAUAAUGUUGCAAGAGAAGCUUGGACCAAGAAAGAGGUUGGGAUGACAGAGUCGGCGAAGCAAGCGGCUCGAUCUCGUCUGUGGCCUUCCAAGAAGACGGGUGGAGGAGAGACCCUCCGCCUGAAGAAGGAAACUCAGGAAAUAAAUCUGGAGGAGACUGCGGAGGAGGCCGAGGCUUGCCUGGAGGGGCAUCUUCCGGCUGAGGAUGUGUCCAAUCGCCUGCUGGAGGCGGGCGUUCAGACCAACGAGCAGGAGAUACUCAGCCAUGAUCCGCUUCCUGGCUUCAGGGUAGUGAUCCCCUCCCAGCCCCUGAUGGAGAAAAUUGAAAGGGAUCGUCGUGAAACUAACUCCCGGCUAGACCGCCAAGCGACGCGCAGAUUCGCCCCGUACGAGCUGCAGGAAGAACAGCAUCUGGACGAGCUAAAGGAGUUCACGGAGCGCAAUGCCGUCACCAAGCGCAGUCCCAAGAAGCCACCACCCGUCAUGUACGCCAACUACGACAAUCAGUACCAGAACGUUUUCAAGUCCAUGGACGACUUUUUCAACCGUGAGGUCCCGAAGUCUGAGUCCAUCACCGACAUCAAGGAACGCAUCAAGCGCAAGGAGCAGGAACUCCUCAGCCUCUUCGAUGGAGUGGACAACACAAACGAGUAGCCAGAGGCUUAACCGUCCCAAAACAAAUUCAAAUUCCAAAUUCUUUGUGCUCAAAUUGAUCAAAAUUACAUAAUAAAAGGAAUGAUGGGUCCAAGUA